GGUGAUGGUGUUACUAAUUCUAGUGAGGAUGGUGAUCCAGUGAGGAGCAAAUAUGGGUUUCUGGUGAUUCAGAAUCAAGAAGUUACAAGGCAGAGUAGUGGAGUGAUGAAAACCUGGUAUCAUUAUCUUGAUAUUGGAAAUGAGGAGUAUCAAGGCAUUGCCGGAAUCUGUUCGGAGUUCUAUGCGUUCGGGCAUCAUUUUGUUUGACUUGACGAGGGUUGUAGAAGAGCUGGUGUUCAACAGCCUUGAUGCAGAUGCCACAAAGGUGAUUGUAGCGAUAAAUGUCGGGACCAACUACAUUAAAGUUACAGACAAUGGUUGUGGUAUCACUCGGGAUGGAUUGGUUUUGUUGGGAGAAAGAUAUGCAACUUCUAAGUUUGAGCUGCUGGCUGAUAUGAACACUGUUCCAGAAAGCUUUGGCUUUCGCGGGGAAGCCCUAAGCUCAAUUUCUGACGUUUCUUUGUUGGAAGUUGUUACAAAGGCUCAUGGAAUGCCGAACGGCUACCGCAAGGUCAUAAAGGGUUGCAAAUGCUUGUAUCUAGGGAUUGAUGAUGAUAGACAAGAUGUUGGCACAACUGUUGUUGUUCGAGAUUUAUUCUACAACCAACCAGUUCGGAGGAGGCAUUUACAUUCUAGCCCCAAAAAGGUUCUGCACUCCGUCAAAGAAUGCAUACUGAGAAUUGCUCUUGUUCACCUGGGAACCUGCUUCAAAAUAAUUGAUAUUGAGAGCGGUGAUGAGAUUCUUUGCUUGUAUCCUUCAUCGUCCCCUUUGCCCCUAUUGAUGAGUGGUUUUGGAACUGAGGUCACCAGUUCUCUACAUAAGUUGGAUGCAUCUGAGGGUGAAUUAAGGCUUUCUGGAUACAUAUCUGGCCCUUAUGAAACUCUCUCUGUGAAGGCCUUCCAAUAUUUCUAUAUCAGUUCAAGAUAUGUAUCUAGAGGCCCACUACAUAAAUUGCUGAAUCAGGUGGCUACUAUGCACAGCUCUUCAGAUUUGUUGAAGGCUGACAUUAGGUCUCAAUGUGGAAAGCGAAGCAGGUGUCAGGCAUCUCCAACCUACAUAUUGAACUUAACUUGCCCACGAGCUCAGUAUGAUUUAAGCUUUGAACCUACCAAGACUUGUGUUGCAUUCAAGGACUGGGAUCCUAUAUUUACUUUCGUUAAGAAAGCCGUUUCAUGCUUUUGGAGUCAGGGAAUGCCUUAUGGUGCACCUAUGUCUGAAGAAGAUGCUAUAUGGAAAGGAGCUGAUGCCUUAGCAAUGAGUGAUGAUCUCCUGGAUGAUUAUGGACUUUCAAAGAAGAGGCGCAUGACACUGUGCCAUCAGGCUGUCCUUUCCUCACCCCCACAAAAGAUGCCAAGAGAAGAGCCAAAGCAUAUGCCAUACCAUGGAUAUUCAAGUAACCGCUCACAAAGAAAGGCUGUACAGUCCAAAGAGUAUCGAAUCGAAAUGGACUUUGACUGUCUGACUGACAAUUUGCUAGAAUUUGGUGGCAGAUCUCUGCCUGAAAGAAAAACCUCCGUACUACAAGAGAGUGGCAACCAUCUGGGAAAACCUAAUAGUUACAUUUCUUCAGAGGAUAUUUACUUACAGAACAAGUGUAGUAGGGAGCUGUCCAGUGAAUAUGUGGACCAUCUUUCAGAUGCCAAAUGGAAUCCAAAUUCUCUGCAAACUGACUAUGGUACAAACAACAGAUUAGUUGUGAAAGAACCAUCUGCUGUUCCUCUUCAUUAUUAUGAUGAUGAUGAAGAGGUUGAUGAUGAUCUUAUAAGGCCGUUUCUGAGAAGUUGCUCCUCUCACAAGGGUCUGUUACCUGUUGUGGGAAGCAAAAGAGGUGACAAUCAAUUCAGAUUUCAAGCUGAUGGUUCUAGUAAAUGGCUUUGCAUGGAUGAUAGAGUUGAUUAUGGACAAGCUGAUUAUGCUAUUCAAGGUUCUGAACCAUGGCUGGAUGAUGCUGCAACUGUUUGGUCGCCUCCUAGGAAUACCACUACCUUCAACUUGGGUACAGGCUCUUCCUUUUUAUCAAAAGGGUCACUUGAUUCACAUUCCACUGGUAGAGAGUGCUUUACAGAGGAUAACAAUUUUUGGGCCAGUCCAGUUGCAUCAAUUGAAUGUUCUAAAUCAAGUCAUCGGCCUUCUGAAUUUGACUCGCCUGCCUCUACGUUUAGUUCUGCAUUUUUUGUGUCUAAAAGGAACUUCAAACAUUGCAGAGAUGAUGGAUUUGACCUUUCAGCUGGUGAAGUAGAAAAGGAUAUCUUUAACUUUGAUGACAUGAGAUAUAGCUCUCCCCAAGAGGACAUCUCAUUUUCCAGUCAUAUGGUUGCCUCCUCAUUCCUCAAGGGCAAUGGGAGAUGCAAAAAGAAUAUUAGAAACUCUCAAAUCGACAGUGUUUUGUUCCCACAGCAGUGUGAUUUCCUGAACGAAACAGAGCGGACAUGUUCCGAGUCCAAUGGCAAACAUAAAACUUUUGUACCUGUAGCAGCACCACAUCAUGUGUCAUCAUCAUUUUAUGCCGAUGGGGAAAAGAGCAAGAUAGCUCAAUGUAGCCUUCAGGAUAAGCACCCAAGAAGAAGCCGCUCGGCCCCACCAUCUUACCGAGGGAAGAAAAAGUUCUUUGCCCUAACUAGUUGGACGACCAUUAAAUCUGGGAAAUCCUGCUAUAAGGCACUUCAUAAUGCCCCUACAUUGCAAGCUAUUUGGUGUGCAGAAGACAGUCAUCUGAAGCACCUACAGAAAUCAUCAGGUGUUGAUCACUUGUCACAGAAUGAAGGUCCUGCAAUUGACUCGCAGUCUAAGUCUAGACAUGAUAAGAAGAAAAUUAUUGAUAAAGCUGAGAUUUCAGAUUAUGAAGGGGAGGCGGCCCAUUGGCUUGAUGUUUACGAGACAGAUUCAGGUGUCACCUCAAAGGAAAAUCAAGGUGCAUUAGAUUUUGGGGGAAAAUGGAGGAAUGAAUGUCAUAGGACUACAAGUAUGGAGAAUCCUGAUGAUCAUACCAACCAAGACAGCAUUCUUGACAUAUCUUCUGGGAUAUUGCACCUUCUUGGUGAUUCUCUGUUACCCAAGUCUAUCACGAAGAGAUGCUUGGAGGAUUCUAAAGUUCUUCAACAAGUUGACAAGAAAUUCAUUCCAGUUGUGGUUGGCGGAAUACUUGCUAUUAUUGACCAGCACGCCGCUGAUGAAAGAAUUCGACUUGAAGAUUUGAGAGGAAAGGUUCUCUCUGGAGAAAUGAAAACAGUCACCUAUCUGGAUGCAGAACAAGAACUGGUUUUACCGGAGAUUGGAUACCAAUUACUAAACAAUUAUUUUGAACAGAUCCAGAAAUGGGGUUGGGUCUGCAACUUCCAUGCUCAGAGUUCAGUGUCCUUUAGAAAGAGUUUGAAUUUUUUGCACAACCAGCGCUCUGUUGCCACACUUACUGCAGUGCCUUGUAUUUUGGGCGUCAAUUUAACCGAUGUGGAUCUCCUAGAAUUUCUAGAACAGCUUGCUGAUACUGACGGAUCAUCAGUAAUACCACCAGCUGUUCUUCGGGUACUAAAUUUCAAAGCUUGCAGGGGUGCAAUCAUGUUUGGAGAUGCAUUACUCCCUUCAGAAUGUUCUCUUAUUGUUGAAGAGCUUAAGCGGACAACAUUGUCUUUUCAGUGUGCUCAUGGUCGACCAACAACCGCACCCCUCGUGAACCUUUUGGUCUUGCAUAAACAGAUUGCUAAGCUUGGAAAUUGGAACCAUGGUUCAUCUGGGUCGUGGCAUGGUUUGAGUCGUCAUAGACCAAGUCUUGAGCGGGCGGCUCAACGCUUAAGUUCAAAGGGAGGGCAAAGCUAAAGAUAUUAUUAUAGAAGAUCACAUAGUCGUACUUUUUUCUGGAAGACCUAUGAAAGCUCAUUUGAGCGAUCCGUUGAUGCACUAAUACUGGUUCUUCUUUCCUUUUUGCUCACACUUUUCUAUAAGCGGGGUCGUCGUGGACACAGUUACUCAAUCAUUUGGACAGAUGACAGGUCUGCAUACAUCCAAUCUUUGAAUUCGUUUGUUUUACUUUGCUUAUUGAUGCACUAGUAAUAAUCCACCAAACAUGUUCCUGAUGCACAUUUUGAACAUUUUAUCAUUGAAAGUGUAGUUUUUCAAGUUGUACUGUUUAGAGUAGGAUGCAAUAUAAAGUUUUAUUUGGUUUCAUUUCUCUGGAAACUUUGAAGAAUUUGAAGUCCGAUGCUAAUCCGUUUGAUCUUUAAAAAAAAUCGUGGUUUCUUCAGUUAGCAGGUCGUUGAUUGAACUUGUGUGG